UUCGUUAUUAUUAAGCAUUAAACCGACGUCGUACAAACCGUUAUAAAAAAAAAACAACCAUUCCGCUAAUCACACCCCCUCUAUUCAUCGUCGUCGCGCAUUUAGCGUCUCUUAAGCAGAGCUCAGUUUCUCCAGAGUUUAAAAAGCAAAAAAAAGGGAUGGGGUUGAGUUUCGCGAAGCUGUUCAGCAGGCUCUUUGCCAAGAAAGAGAUGAGGAUUCUGAUGGUUGGUCUCGAUGCUGCUGGUAAGACCACCAUUCUCUACAAGCUCAAGCUCGGUGAGAUUGUCACCACCAUCCCCACUAUUGGUUUCAAUGUGGAAACUGUGGAGUACAAGAACAUCAGUUUCACUGUGUGGGAUGUCGGGGGUCAGGACAAGAUCCGUCCUUUGUGGAGGCACUACUUCCAGAACACUCAGGGUCUGAUCUUUGUCGUCGACAGCAACGACAGAGACAGAGUUGUUGAAGCUAGAGAUGAACUUCACAGGAUGCUCAAUGAGGAUGAGCUGCGUGAUGCUGUGUUGCUUGUGUUUGCCAACAAGCAAGAUCUUCCAAAUGCCAUGAAUGCAGCUGAAAUCACAGAUAAGCUUGGCCUUCACUCCCUGCGUCAGCGUCACUGGUACAUUCAGAGCACAUGCGCCACUUCAGGUGAAGGACUCUACGAAGGUCUUGACUGGCUGUCCAACAACAUCGCUGGCAAGGCUUAAUGAAGUGAAAGCAGCAUUGCAUCGAGAGAUGAUUCUUCCUGCUGUAUGUUGGUAAAGUUUCUGGAUGCAAGAGAGAGAUUAUAAAUAUUAUAUGAACCUUUUUGCUACUGGCUUUAUGAAUGUUCUGGUUGUGCAAGUAGUAGAUAUGUACCUAAAAACUUACGAGCAUGAGCCCCUUUUAAAUAGUUUUCGUGUUGUUCACACCUGGAUUGAUGAUUGAAUGUUAUUGCUUUCUUGCUA